AUGGCUGUCCAAAACAAUGCCAGGUUCGACUUCAUUGUCGUUGGUGGUGGCACUGCCGGCAACGUUGUUGCCGGCCGCCUGGCUGAGAACCCAAACGCUAAGAUCCUAGUCGUUGAAGCUGGUGUAGCCAACUCGAAGGACAUUGAAGCUAUCAGAACCCCUUCGAACGCCAUGGAGCUUCGUAACAGCGAGUAUGACUGGGCCUACAAAUCAACCAUGGUCAAGCGAGACGACUAUGAGCGUAUUGAAAAGCCCAACACUCGCGGCAAGGCACUUGGUGGUAGUUCGUCCUUGAACUAUUUCACCUGGGCUCCUGGAUCCAAGAGUACCUUUGAUAUGUGGGAGGAGUAUGGUGGAAAAGAAUGGACUUGGGACCCUCUUGUUCACUAUCUUCGCAAGUGUGUGACCUACCAUGACGAUCCCAAGGAAUACCCUCCAGAAAUGAAAAAGAUCGGCGAAAACGGACCGAUCCCGAUUUCCCACUCGGACCUUAUUCCCGAGAUGAAACCCUUCCGUGACCUUAUUUCCAAUGCAUGGAAGUCCACUGGUCAGCCAAUCAACGAGAAUAUCUUUAACGGUGACAUGGUUGGCCUAACCCAUAGUGUUAACACUAUUUACAAGGGUCGCCGCUCUGGAAGUUUCCUUUGUGUCGCCGACAAACCCAACGUCACCAUUCUUGGCGAGGUGUACUCGAAGAAGCUUAUGAUCGAUGAUACCAAUAAUACUUGUAAGGGUGUGACUGUCAUCACCGGUGCUGGCCAGGAGCUCAAUCUAUAUGCCACCCGUGAAGUUAUCGUCUCUCAGGGUGUCUUCGAGUCCCCUAAGCUACUCAUGCUUAGCGGUAUUGGGCCUAGCGCAGAGCUUAAGAAGCAUAACAUCCCAGUGAUCGUCGACAGCACCCACGUUGGUCAGCAUCUUCUGGAUCACCCUGGUGUUCCUUUUGUCCUUCGCGUUAAAGAUGGCUACGCCUACCAGAACAACCACAACGGUCCGUUGGGCUCCGGCUUCCUUGAGAUGGUCGGAUUUCCCCGAAUCGACAACUACUUGGAAAAGGACCCCAAGUACCGAGAGGCCAAGGCCUCGAACGGCAACAAGGACCCAUUCUGUCCGUACGGCCAGCCCCACUUCGAGCUCGACUUUUUUUGUCUUUUUGGUAGCGCAUUCCAGUGGCACUACCCCACACCACCCAAGGGUCAUCAUAUCACCGUCAUGGUUGAUCUUGUCCGCCCUGUCUCCGAGGGUGGUGAGGUCACCCUUAACAGCGCCGACCCUCUGCAGCAACCCAACAUCAACCUCAACUACUUCAACAAUGACCUCGAUAUCAUCGCCAUCCGCGAGGGUAUCAGAUUCUCCUACGAUGUGCUUAAGCACGGUAAGGGCUUCAAAGAUAUUGUCCUGGGCGAGUAUCCUUGGGAGAUGCCUCUGCAUGACGACGAGCUCAUGAAGAGGGCCGUGCUGGACCGCUCCCAGACCUCCUUCCACCCUUGCGGUACUGCCCGUCUGUCUAAGAAUAUCCAGCAGGGUGUGGUUGACCCUGGACUCAAGGUCCACGGUCUUAAGAACCUCCGUGUGAUUGAUGCGUCUGUCAUCCCUGUCAUUCCCGACUGCCGAAUUCAGAACUCUGUGUAUAUGGUUGCUGAGAAGGGCGCCGAUGCCAUCAAGCAUGAUCACACCGACUUCUACAAAUAA